AUGAAGGUCGUUAUGAGAUUUGGGAAGAAGGGAAAGCUAAGUCCUAGAUCCAUUGGUCCAUAUCGAAUCUUGAAAAGGAUUGGUGAAGUAGCCUACAAGCUAGAGUUACCUGCAUCGAUGACUUUGGUUCACCAUGUUGUUCAUGUAUCGAUGCUAUGGGGUUAUAUGCCUAAUCAUGCUCACAUCAUCUCACCAGAGGUAGUAGAAAUUAAUGACAGUUUAUUUUAUGAAGAAGAACCGGUUCAGAUUCUGGAUAGGCAAGUUUGUAGGCUGAGGACAAAAGAUUUAGAUUCACUUAAAGUGUUAUGGCGUAAUCAUGGGAUCGAAGAAGCCACUUGGGAGGCCGAGGAGGAUAUAAAAACUCGAUACCCCCACUUGUUCGCUACUUCAGGGACUGGACCUGAGCAGCUUGGGCUGCGUGGAUAG